UGCCGUCGCAUAAACUAGGUUUUCAUCAAACUUGUGAAACUGUGCAUAUAUAAAGCUGACAGAAAUAAAGUUACUAACAGUAAUAUGGUGCAGAAUAACAAUUAUUUAUUUCGUAUUUCUGAAAAAAAAAACGUUUUAUCCUGCGUUUGUGGGCGCGCGUGCGCCGAGGAGGCUGGUGGGGGCGCGCGCGCGCUCGUGUCACAUUCUUUCGUUGAUCCGUUAACCAUCAGAAAUACAGACAGAACAAGCUCGAGACAGACAACAGCGACAGACAGACAGGGCGGUUGGGGACAGAAUGUUGACUGAAGAUGGACGUUCCUGAAUACCUUGAUCUGGAUGAGAUUGACUUCACUGAUGAUUUACCUUUCUCAUCAAAGAACAUUCCUGAACUUUGUCGACGACAUGACGGACAGACUGAGGAUAGACAAGCUCCUGCGAUCAACUGGGCUCGGAACCCGUCUUCAGUCAGCGGGACGGGAAUCAAACCCACCGGCAUCGCCGAUGUGUACAGCAAAUUCAGACCUGUCAAACGUGUGUCUCCCCUCAAACACCAGCCGGAGGUGUCGGACGCGGAGGCCGACGGGAAGAACGAGGAGCGGCGUGUAGAGAUCUCUGUUUCUCUGUGUGACGCUCAGGGACUCAAGAGCCGAGCCGGCGGGACUGGAGCUCUGUUCGGCGAUCUAGAACACUACGAUCUGGAUAUGGACGAGAUCCUAGACGUGCCGUACAUUAAAUCCAGCCAGCAGGUGGCCACACUUCCACGCGUGGCUUCGGAGAAGAAGACGUCAGGGAGCACGGGUUUCAAGGGCGCGUCGCUCACUCACGCCGAGAGCCUCAGCGGGACACAGUUCUGGCCAGACAUCAGGAAGUCCAAGUCCACAGAUCUGGGGUUCGAGCGAUCGGUCGGCUCAGACUCGGACAGGCUCUUCUCAAGUCUGCCCUUCCCCGACACAACAACCCAUAAAGCCGGAAGUCCAGGCGACUGCACCGCCAACCCUCCUCACGGAGCCAAAGGCACGAGGCAGGACAAGAGCUGGCCGGGGUCGAGAGCAUUUGGAGAGGUUGAUGAGGAAACGAAGAGGAGUCAGAACAUCAUGAAUGUGGUCAGAGAGGGACAGAUCUCACUGCUGCCGCACGUCGCAGUAGAGAAUCUGGAGCGGAUCAGAGACGAGGAGGGAAACAAUCUGCUGCACAUCUCCGCCGCUCACGGUCACGCUGAUUGUCUGCAGCAUCUCACCUCUCUGAUGGGAGAAGACUGUCUGAAUGAACGCAACGCUCAGCAGCUCACGCCAGCUGGACUCGGGGUCAAGAACGGUUGUCUUGAAUGUGUGCGCUGGAUGGUGAGUGAGACAGAAGCCAUCGCUGAGCUCAGCUGCACCAGAGAACAUCCCAGCCUCAUCCAUUACGCCGCUCGCUACGGACAGGAACGCGUGCUGCUGUGGCUGUUGCAGUUCAUGCAGGAGCAGGGCAUCUCUCUGGACGAGGUGGAUCAGAACGGAAACACGGCGGUUCAUGUGGUGGCUCAACACGGACACUUGAGCUGUCUUCAGACGCUGGUGGAGUACGGGUCUAAUGUGACAGUUCAGAACCAGCAGGGCGAGCGGCCGUCGCAGUGUGCCGAGCAUCAGGGUCACAUGACCUGCUCACGGUAUCUGGUGGUGGUGGAGACGUGCAUGUCUCUCGCCUCACAGGUGGUCAAACUCACCAAACAGCUGCACGAACAAACCACAGCCCGUGUAGCUCUACAGAAUCAACUUCAACUCUUCUUACAAACUCAUGAAGCAAACGGACGGCCACGAUCACCAAGCUCUCAUGGUGGUCCAGCUGACACGUGGUCAGAAAUGAGUUUAACCGCUGAAGUCGGCCCUGAGAACGGUCAGUGGAUUGUGAGACAGAAGCAGGUGGAGACAGAAGCAGGUGGGGACAAAAGCAGGCCACCUGAAGGUCCAGGUGGGCCGGAGUCAGGGGCGGGGCCUGGAGCAGGACCAAUGAGGAGGCCUGGCGUGGCGGAGAAGCGGGAGCUGAAACUGGCCCGUCUGAAACAGAUCAUGCAGCGGUCUCUCAGCGAGUCAGACGGCGACGCUUACCCUCCAGAUGAGUCCAAACACUCCAGACCCGAGCGGCCCACCCAGCUGCCCAUCGCCGAGGCCGAAGAGCUUCAUCUGAUGACCAAACACAAGACGAGCUCCACCGGUGAACGCAAGUUCUCUUUUGCUCACAGGACUUCGAAAUCUGUGGACGUUUGUAACGCCUCGCCAUCAUCGGACUGCAGCGAUCCUGAAUCCAAACCCGACGGGACCAAUGAAAAGAUCCCCACAAGCCCCAAAAGUGCCCUGAAAUCACCAUCCUCCCGCAGAAAGACCUCACAGAACCUCAAACUGAGGGUCACGUUCGACGAGCCGCCACGCAAAGACACGGCCACAGGCGACGCCAAAGUGUCAUCCGGCAAAGAGAAGGUGGAAUCAGGGAAACGACCAUUUGGGACGUUUCGGUCUUUGAUGGAAAGUCUGAGCGGAAACCAGAACAGCAACAAUAAUAACAUUCAGACGUCCAGCGCUGGAAAACAUCCGAGCUCCGGCCCGACACCGAGUCCGCCUGGAAAAAAGACAGAAACCAAGAGCAAACACAAGAGUGCUGCUGUUUAAAGAGCAGACACACAAUCAUCAACAACAUCAGAACAUGAUGCUAGACAGCAGAUCACCUGACCUGUAAAUAACACAUACAAACUUACUUUCUUACACAAUAAAUGACUGUAAAUGCAACUUUUUUGGAAUAAUAGUUUUCAGUACUGUGAUUUUGUACAGUCUCAAUCACCCUGAAGAGCAGAAGGUGUUGCUGUUGUCAAGGUUACGUUCUGACUGUAGUUAAUGACGUGAAUUCAAUCAUAUUCAUUAUUCUGCAUUGAUAUUAUUUCAGACUGACACCAGUUCUUUACUUUUACGUUCACUUAAAUAAUUCACAGCGGUUUUGUUGUGUGUAAUCUAUAUUGUUAUCGAGUAAAUGUUUGAUUUCUAAUUUAAGUAUUAUAUUUGACUGAAAGGAACCAUCAUUGUACUGACGUUUGAAUAUUGAAAUAAAUAUUAAAACACUUUA